CAGUUCCCCUUUCGUAGCUUUAUUUCUCCAUUUCAGAAAAACUGCAGGAAUUCUGAGAUAAUUUCCUAGUUAUUAUGUACUCAUCUUUUGUUCCUCGAAACCCUUCCGCACCCAGUGCCUGGGGAUAAAAGUGGCAGCACAGCAGAGGCUGAGCAUCGUGCAGAGCAGAGACCUGCAACCACCCAACUCCAGCCCUGCUCACCGUGCCAACGUCCUGCAGACCAUGAAGGGCCCCGCAGCUGUCCUGGCCGCUCUGCUCCUCCUGGCCCUCUGCUCCUCAGCUGUGGCCCAUCUGGAUGACCUACCCACAACCUGCUGCUUCUCCUACGUUCCACAUCCCAUCCCACGCAACAUCAUUGCUUCUGCCUUCCCCACCAGCAGCAAAUGCCGCCUGCCGGCAGUGAUCCUGGUCACCAAGAAGGGGAAGGAGGUAUGUGCAAACCCCGAGGAGUCCUGGGUGCAGAAACGCCUGGAACUCUUCCAGAGCCAAGAAAACUGACCUUCUGUGGAAUUAUAGAAUCAUAAAACGGAUGGAUUGGAAGGGAACCUCGCAGCACACCCAGCUCCAGCCCUGCUCUAGACUCUUGCACCCCCCCUGCCAUCCCCCCCCCCCCAAGCUCAGGGUGCCCAGGGCUCAUCCAAGCUGGUUUGGGCAUAUCUGGGACACCCACAGCUUCCCUCCUAUCCAUCCCACCAAUGCUAAGGAAGUGAAAAUACAGAGAUGAUUCAGAACACAUCAAAAUGCUUGCUAAAGAGUCAAGAGCUCUGAUGCCUAAAUAAAAUUCCUGCAUUUAAAAACA